CUAUCGUAAACGUUUUUGUUUUUGGGGGAAAAGCAGAUGCUUCAACAUUAAUUUUGGUUGUCUUUGAAACCGUUUUUGGUCGGUUCUUUGAGGUUUUAAGACAAGCUUGGUUAUCUGGAAAGUUGUUUCUAGUGUUGGGUCUUGUCCUUCUUAAUUUUCUCUCCUUGAAUUUUGGUCUGUUUUGGGAAAUUUGGAGGGAUUUCAAAUCUUCAAGCAGCCAUCUGUGACUGAGCUUUUUCUCUUGUUGGCAGUAUUAGUGCUGAAGAAAGAUUAAGGUAGUUGCAGUGGUAGUUGGGAUUUUCACGAGAAAAUUUUGGGUUUUUUUCACGAGAAAGUGUGAAGGGCGCUCUCAACUGCUGCACUGAUUGUUUAUAAAGCCUUUUGUUCGUUUUCUCUUACAUGUCCUUGCCGUGUCUUUCGCUAUGAAUAAUUCUGGGGCAGCUGUUGAAGUCACAAAGGAUAGAAAUGGAAUUGAUCAGAUUCUGCUUCGGAAUCCUCGAGGAACAUCUGCAAGGGUUAGCUUGCAUGGAGGACAGGUUCUUUCAUGGAGGACCGACCGAGGUGAAGAAUUGCUAUUCACAAGUAGCAAGGCAAUUUUCAAGCCACCGUAUGCAGUUCGGGGAGGGAUACCUAUAUGUUUCCCACAGUUUGGUCAGCGAGGAUCGCUUGAGCAACACGGGUUUGCCCGGAACAGGACCUGGAUCAUCGAUGAGAAUCCACCACCUUGGCAUCCAAAUGGUUCCAAUGGAAAAGCCUAUAUCGAUUUACUGCUAAAGCCAUCGGAAGAUGAUUUGAAAAUCUGGCCACACAGUUUCGAAUUUCGUCUUCGAGUAUAUUUGACAGCAGAUGGGAAUCUAAGCUUGAUAUCACGCAUCAGGAAUAUUAAUUGCAAGCCUUUUAGUUUCUCAAUUGCUUAUCAUACAUAUUUCUCCAUCUCUGAUAUCAGUGAAGUGAGGGUAGAAGGAUUGGAGACUCUUGACUAUCUCGACAACCUAUGCCAAAGGGAGCGCUUCACCGAACAAGGAGAUGCCUUAACAUUCGAAUCUGAGAUCGACAGAGUUUAUCUUGGCUCAAGAGAUGUUGUAGCGAUAUUCGACCACGAACGAAAACGAACCUUUUCUAUUCGGAAAGAAGGCCUUCCAGAUAUUGGUGUUUGGAAUCCAUGGGAGAAGAAAUCUAAAGCCAUUGCUGAUUUUGGGGAUGAAGAAUACAAGCAGAUGCUUUGUGUCAAUGGCGCAGCAAUUGAAAAACAUACUCAUAGCUCUCGAGCUCUCGGUUGUCCCUUCAAGUUAAGGACAGCAAGUAACGCAAAUAAAAAAAACCCUUAG